GGAGGAGGAGGAGGAGGAGGAGGAGGAGGAGGAGGAGGAGGAGGGGCGAGGCUGCGGCUCGGGGCAUUGUUCCGCGCCGCCGCCGGCAGCCGCUGCGCUCGGCGCCGGCCCCCGGCGCGAAGUUUGCGGGCUGCGCGGCCCCGCUGCCGGCGGCGGGGCAGGAGGCGGCUCGCAGCCCGGCGCUGGCCCGCGGUCCCCGCUCCUGGUUCAUACUCCGCCCGCUCCGGCGGGGUUGUGCUUGGCUCCCGCGGGGCCGCGACUCCCGGCUGGAGACCGGAGCCAGUUUUCUGUCUCGGUCUCGCCGUGUUUUGGCUGGAGGCAGAUCCAGUCCAGCCCCAGCGCGGCUAGGGGAAGCAACUACCUAAGUCUCUUCUGCCCGCGCCGUUCGGGAGGGAAGGAAGAAGCAAGAAACGCGGCCGCGGACGGACGGGCGUGCGCGCACACCCGCGGGCUCGCACCGCCGCCGCGCAGCGCAGCGCGGCCGGAGGAGAUGGGAAGCGAGUGAGCGGAGCGGGGCCGGUGCCGGGCGCCCGCGAUGACCCUGGUGCUGCCCAUGCACCGGCCGGGCGCCCCCGUCGCCGCCGAGGGAGCCGCCGAGCUCGUCGCCUGCCGCGCCCUCUGGGAGCCGCCCUGCUGCGGCCGCCCCGGCCCCGGCCCCGGCCCCGGCCCCGGCCCCGGCCCCGGCCCCGGCCCCGGCCCCGGCCCCGCCGCCGCCGCCGCCGCCGCCGCCGCCGCAGGAUCGCAUUACAGGGGAAUUUCAAAUCCUGUAACAACAUCCAAGAUCACAUACUUUAAAAGGAAAUAUGUGGAAGAAGAGGAUUUUCAUCCACCACUCAGCAGCUGUACACAUAAAACCAUCUCGGUGUUCGAGGAGCGGGCCCAUAUCCUUUACAUGUCUCUGGAAAAGCUGAAAUUCAUCGAUGAUCCCGAAGUCUACCUGCGGAGAUCCGUCCUCAUAAACAACCUGAUGAAGAGGAUCCAUGGAGAAAUCAUCAUGCAGAACAACUGGUGCUUCUCCGCGUGCUCUUUCAGCGGCGCCUCUCCGCAAGAGUGGUUCGUGCCUCAAGACUGUCCCUACAGAAAACGCCUUCGGAUGGCCAAGGAGGAGUACGAAAAGUUUCACGCCUGCUGCUUCUAUCAAGAGUGCGGCAGUCACUACUUAAAUCUGCCCUACUCUGUUAAUGCUAGCACAGAAAACACUUCCUCCUCUUCCUCCCCCCCCUCCUCCUCCUCCCCCAUGUCUUUGCCAAGCUGUUCCCAGCAGGUGGAUUACGACAUUGGUGGUGCCCCUCCGUACAGGAGCGACGACCAGCUACCUGCUAACGAAAUAUUCCUCACCAAUGCCAGGUCUCACGGUAAUCAGGAAAAGGCAAAAUUUAGUGAUGAGAAAGGAGGUAAUGAACCCGAACGAGACAGUGUCACCCUAAACUGUGAACCUGUAAAAGGCACCCAUGCCCUCGAAUGUAAAGGCAAAUUUUAUGACUAUUUUGAGACUGGAUGUAGUGACAAGAGCAACGUAAGUGAAUCUUGGAAAAAAUCUUUAAGGAAAAAGGAAUCUUUACCAAGUAACAAAAUGUGCUGCAGCAAAGGAAGUAAAAUAUGAGGCGGCUUUCCUGCUCUGCUGAAGCAUGCGCAGCAUGUCCAUUUAUCUAUCAAAAUUUUAUUUUGAAUGGAUUUUUUAUAGUUUUCUACAGGUGAUACAGUCAUGCCACAAACAUUACACGUAGCUCUAAAUGACUGAAGAGCAGCUUGCGUAAAGCGUCCCCAUCAUCUGCAUCAGCGGGCUAUUUAUAAAUAUGGAGACUUCAUAAAGAACACAGUUGCACUACUGCUCAACGCUGUAGCGUAUCCAGCUAUAGUGUAGCUUUUGUUACUGAAAAUACCAGUCAACCAGAUGGGGAAAAAAUAUCGUUUUCUCUAUCCCUGCCCCCAAGAAGUCUGCCAUUAAUUAAGAAGAACCUCCAUUAUGUUUACCAAGGAAUUAGAAGUCUGGUAAACAAAUUGAUGCUACCAGCAAAGGGUGAUGUGCUUCUCCGAACGCAGUAUUUGUUCUGACAAAAGACUGGCUACAUGGACUGGGAGUAAAUCAUCCUUACAUUUGUACUGAUGCUCUUCAAUUCCUGGAUUCAGCAUCUUGUUCAACUGACAAAAUAGGACGUAGCAUAAGGAGAUACCUGUUUAUGGGAUAUUAAUCAGAAACGCAACAUGCAGCUCAAGUACUUGCAUGUUUUCACCUUGGCUGUAAUAACUAAUGAGGCUUGUUGUUAUACAGGGCAGGUUUUUUUUGGUGCCUUACUUUUUGUCUUAAUUUUUGCCAGUGUGAAAAUUAAGUAUAAAUCAGUGAUACAGCAGGGAUUUAACCUAAACAGAAAAAGAAAAAAAAAAAGAAAAAAGAAAGAAACAGGGUGGAUCAAUAUUAUUAGAAACCUUUAACCUUUGAAGUACUGAGUUCAACUUCCUAUUCAAACAUCUCUGUUCUUCCUUUUUGAUGCUCAAUUGCUUUUUGAUUUGCCAUCCUUAGGAAGGGAUUUAAGAAACAAUAGAGAGAUGUCUCUUGUAAACAAGCAUUCGAUGCUUGAGUGUUUCUAUGGCAACUGUCUGUUGCUGGGGCUCUUUUUUUUCUUCUUCGUAUAAUGAAGUUCAUGAACCAGUGGCAUGUUUUAUACUUUAUUCUGUUUCGCAUAUUUCUCUCUUUUAGAUUGCAAAAGCAUGCGGGAGUUUUAUAUGACUUUUGCUGUUGAUUUAAAAAAACCCACAAAAACAAAGGAAAACAAAAAGCACAAUGUUAAUCAAGAAUGUGGCGAUAAACAUGAUUUUAUCUGAAUGAAUGUAAGGGUUUUAAUUUUAAAAAAGAACAUUUUGGAGAAAUGAGCUGAGAUUGCAGUGGCUAAGGACAAAAUGUAGUCAUCCCUAGAUAGACCAUUUCUGAGUGUCUGCUGUUUGACACGCUCAGAAGAUGCUAGUCGGGGCUGGACUGAGAGCGUUGCACGUCUCAGACCCACCAAAUUAAUUAGUUCCCACGGUCCCCUGAACAAGUGGCACGAUGUGCGCGGCCAAAGGACCACAGGCCGGCUGCCUGUUCCCACCACGCCGUGCGUCCAAGUGACGUCCCCGCUGCUCGCGCUGUGCUCAAGGGACAAAAUCCGCCCGGGCGCUGGGCAGCGGGCCUGGGGUGCCCCUUUCCAUGGGGCAGCGCUGGUCUCCGCGCCGCUGCUCUGGAUGCCGAAGCUCCCCAGCCGAAGCGCGCCCAAAGAGAGCCUCUAGGACAGAAAUCGGUGAUGAGCUUUAUGUGGUCAGGUGAGGCUGGGGCUGACAGGUUAGAAAGGGUUAUCACUGUGAAGGGUGACAGAUAAAGAACAUGCAAAUCCCACCUGAUUUCUCCAAGACAGAAGCUUUUUUAUUAAUAAUAAUAAUAAUAUUAAAUAUAGAUCUCAUUCAUACAGUGUAUGAGUAGGAUCAUCAUUUAGACGUUUGUCCACAAGGACCAAUUUUUUAAAAAAACUGAUUUUUCUUGUGUUACACCCAGAUAGUCUAGUCAUGUCUGCUCUUUUCCAAUAUUUGAUAAACAUUUGAUGUUUUAAGCUUAAAUAUUAGAUGCUUGUAUACUAAUGUGUUGUUGUAGUAAAGUGAGAUUUCCUUGAUAUAUAUAUUUAUUAAAAUGACCAAAAUUCAUUUUAAUUUUACAUCUCCAAUGGCUACUGGAUCCUUUUCCCCCAUGUUCCCCUCCCUCACCCAGGCAAAUACCACUUGAUCACGCUGCUCCAGUGCUGAAGAGCUUACGCUGCAGUUGACCCCCAGGUUGGGUCCAGGAGAGCACGCUGCCUCGUCGGGUCUUGAGGAGCCUUUGGGACAUGGCCUGAAGGUGCGUGGAGAAGACGCAGACGUCGCUGCGGGCUGGCAGGGGCAGCCACGGAGAGUGUUAGGCCAAAUGUUGCCCAGGACACAGAUCAGUUUUGGGGGUCAGAAAGCUUUUUGGCCUUAAAGGGCUUCUUGCAAGCAUGAGCCUGCACAUAUAUGCCAUUGCACAGUCUUCUGAUUUGAAAUUUGGAGCAGCUGAAAUGACCCAUCAUCUGAUCUGUAUCUACUCUGGCAUCUGUAACAGCUCUUUAGUUGCAGGGUCACCCUUGGACAGCCUUACUGAGUGUCAUCAGUACCUGUACGGGAAGAAAUGUCAUCUAAUCUGUGAAAGAGUGGCCUGAGGUUGAGUGGUCUUUCAUGCCUUUCUCCAGACCCUGCAGAUACUGAAAGUAGAUGCGUCGGACUCAGCGGUCCACUAAGUUAUUCUGUUUGCUUCAGAGGAGACAGAGGCAUUUAAUGCUAAAAGGGGGAGCUGGAAACAACCCUGAUCAAUUGGCAAAAAUACAGUAGACCUUGUUUGAAAAUCUAACCUGGAUUAAGCUUAAUGGGUUUCACAGUUUAAUUUUCUUUGGCUUUAUGAUACACAGAGAGUAUAAACCAGAUAGGCCCUUUCCUCACCACACGCUGCAGUAUGUUAUUGCUACUAUCACAAAUUUUCAAGAAGUGCUUGUUUUCCAGGAUCACACGAAUGUCUUUCAUCCUUAUGUCCCACGCAUAACCAUUAAAUGAGUGCUCUUGAACUUGAUACUGGUCUAUCUGCCUGCAAGAACUGGACAGAAGAGCUGAUUUCUGGAGAGACUUUUACUCUGUAUCAUAAGAUACUUUGCUCAUUGACUGCAACACUAGAAAGCAUUGUGCUAGCAUCAGCUAGCUGGUCUGGGCUUAUAACGGUUCUCCUACAAUACAUGGAAAAAACAGAAGCAGAAAAUGAUGUUUCUAUUGUCAGGUCUAUUUUACUGUCACUGAGAAUAAAAGAGUUGUUUUAUCUUCAGGA